AUGCGGCAACACAAACACUGGAUCAAAGAAUUUCAGCAUUUCACGCAGAGCAGGUGUAGCUUCUUCACUGCAAGGGAACAAUUUCACAGUUUCUUUAUUUCCAGCAAAAAUGUUCCAGUUCACGUGGAUGAGAACAGCGUAAGGGUGUCAUAUGAGCAGCCCCAUCUCUUGUUGGGACGUACUGAUGUGGUAUCAGUGACCCCAUGGUUGGCACCCAUUGUCUGGGAAGGCACCUUUGACCCAGUGCUCAUUGACAACAUCUACAAGCCCAUGAACCUCACCAUAGCCACCACAGUGUUUGCUGUUGGAAAAUAUGUCAGCUUUCUCAAAGAUUUCCUGGAGACUGCAGAGAAACACUUCAUGAUCAACUUCAGGGUGCGCUACUAUGUUUUCACUGAUCGUCCCAAUGAAGUUCCUUCAGUGAACCUGAGUGGAGGGAGACAUCUGACAGUGAUCUCAAUCCCAGGUUCAAACCGCUGGCAGGAGAUUUCAGCGCAGAGGAUGAAGAUCAUCCACAACACCAUCGAAACUCAGAUCCGCAAGGAGGCCGACUACAUCUUCUGUCUUGAUGUGGACAGCAAGUUCCAUUUUCGUUGGGGUGCAGAGUCUCUUGGAAGGCUGGUGUCUGUGAUUCACCCAGGCUACUAUGAUACAACUCGUAACAACUUCCCAUAUGAACGGCGUCCAGCCUCGAAGGCCUUUAUGUCCAUGGACCAGGGUGAUUAUUACUAUGGUGGAGCCGUGAUCGGAGGGCUUGUGGAGGAUGUGUACAUACUAACUAAGGAAUGUCAGAAAAGAUUUGAAGAGGAUGCCAAGAAUUCCAUCGAGGCCGCUUGGCAGGAGGAGAGCCACCUCAACAGGUACCUGUACUACAACAAGCCCAGCAAGGUGUUGUCUCCAGAGUAUCUGUGGCAAGACUUCAAGGCCAGAACAAAAAAAGUCAAAGUGAUUCGCUUCUCUGGGGUCAUUAAAAACUAUGCUGCAGUUCGUCCUAAUGUAUAGGGCAUGGGUUUUCACCAUUAAGAGUGGAUGCAAAUACUUACUGAAACCAUUAUUACAUUUGAACACUGCAUAGUGUUAAAUCAGAAUGAAUAUUUCCCAGGUUGCUUUGUAUAUCAAG